CAUAAUAACGCCGUCCUUAAAAAAUAAAAAAAAAAUAAAAAACUCUCAGUUUUUUAUUUUUUAUUUUUCUUACAAUCUUAAUUUCCUCGUCUUAACAGAUCCGAAUCGGUAGUUGGAUGUUGAGGAAUUGAAAUGUCUGAGAAUCAUGUAGCAGAGCAGCUUCCGAAAGCGGAUUCGGAUUCGAAUUCGGGUCCUCAUAUGGGGCACGACCAUGUAAUCCAACCAAAUGGGAUCACCGAAUCUACUACUGAUACUUAUCAAGAUCAGCAGGUUGAGCGUGUUGAUCUCACAGAUGGAGUUUUGGUGGACGCUGAAGAUGGAAAAUCUACAGAGGAUACUGCCAGAGAUGACAUGUUUGUUGAUUGCCCUGAUGAGCUAACAACAUUUGAUGGUAGGCAAAAGGAAGAAGAAGCAACUGUUGCCGGAAAUGAAGAUGAAAAGUUGGAGGAAAAUGAAGUUCUGCAUCAACAACAGAGUCAAUUUGUUGAACUGGGAAAUGGGGUUGGAGAUGAUUACCCCACAGGCCAGCUGGAAGUGGAACAGCUGCGCCAUACGCUGGAGAAGGCUGUUGCUGAGAAAGAAAGUGUUUUGCAUGAAUACCAGGAAGAAAGAGAAACUGUUGUCCAAGGAGUGAUUGAUCUUCAUCGUCGGCUAAAGGCUCUGACUUGUCAACAGUCAUUGCCAAAUGAAGCUGAAGUUGGAGUUAGGGAAGUGACUGAUGUUGCAUUGAGGGAGAUGAUUCAAGAAUGUUUGGAGUUUGUGAAAACUGCUUCAGAAGAACGACCAAACAGUGAAGCCAUUAUAAGUGAUCUUCGCAGACUUCUAUCUGUGAAGGACCGUGAGAUAGAGGAUCUUAAUGCAAAGGUUUCCCAGUUAAGGGUAUCCAAUGAGAGUUUGCAAGUUUCUUCAGAAACUCAGCUUGAAAAGGAUCGUAAUAUUGAGACUGUGAUAGAUAAGACGAUAUCCUCUCUUGCAACAGUUGUAAAUCAAGAGCAAGUAUUGGAUAAUUCUAUGAAUGGGAAAAUAGUUUAUAUUGAGGAAGGCACUGAGCUUUUAAUUGCAAAGUAUAAUCAGAUGCUUCUUGAAAUUCAUCAACUUGGACAAUCUUUCUCUGAGGUUGGCUUGGAUACCAGAGAGCAGGAAUAUGGGAACAUACUUGUUGAUGCUCGUGGUGGGUUACUGGAUCUCAAAAGAAAGGAAGCAGAGUUGGCCAAAAAACUGGCUGGGUUAGAAGACGAAAAUCGGAAACUGGUUGAAGAGCUUGACAAGGAAAAAGUGAUGAUAGGGACAUUAAAUACUGAACUUGAAAAUAUGAAAAUAGAACUUGAGCAGGAAAAGGUUAAAUGUGCUAAUACCAAAGAAAAGCUAAGUAUGGCUGUGACAAAAGGAAAGGCAUUGGUACAGCAGCGAGAUUCACUGAAGAUGUCUCUGGCUGAUAAAUCCAGUGAGCUUGAGAAAUGUUUAAUUGAAUUACAGGAGAAGUCAGUUGCAUUAGAAGCUGCUGAACUUGCUAAGGAGGAGUUGGCCCGUAGUGAAAAUAUGGUUGCAUCCCUGCAGAAUUCUUUACUACAAAAUAAUACGAUUUUUGAUCGAGUAAAAGAAAUCUUGUCCCAUGCCGAACCUGAUCAGCCUGAAAUGUUUGAUAUGCCAGAGAGACUAAGAUGGCUUGUGGAUGACAGAAUUGCACUUAAGGGUGCCUUCCUGGAGUUAUGCAAAUUGAAGGAUGCUCUAUCUCUAGUGGACCUACCAGAACCUGUUUCAUCAUCUGAUUUUGAAUCACAAAUGAAUUGGCUUAGGGAUUCUUUUCAUAGGGCCCGGGAUGAUAUGUAUAUUCUACAGGAAGAAAUUUCUACAAUCAAGGAAGCAUCCCGUAACAAUAUUGAUCUCUUGAGUAUUUCACUUUUGCUGGAAUUACAGGAAAAAGAUUACCUUCAGUCAGAAUUAACCGAUUUGAGGUUCAAAUAUGAAGAACUUCUUGGGAAGAACCAUCAUAUUUCUUUGGAGAAGGAUCAGAUAGUAAAAAUGUUAGUCGAUCUCUCUGGCCUAAACUUGGAAAAUGAGGGGAUUGAUCAAUUCUCUUCCAGCACCUCUAUGAUCAUCGAUUUAUGCUUUCAAAAUAUAAAAGGACAGAGUGGUCCCUUCUCUACAGCAUCUCAUAUUGAUGCUGAGUUGUUUGAAAGGAUUCAAAGUCUCUUGUAUGUUAGGGAUCAGGGAUUAAAGCUUUAUGAGGAUAUGCUGGAAGAAGAUAUGCUAAUUAGAUCAGAUGUAAACAAGCUGUCAAAUGAGUUGAAAGUGGCAUCUGAGGAAAUUGUAGCACUGAAAGAAGAAAGGAGUUCUCUGCUGAAAGAUCUCGAACAAUCAGAGGAGAAGUGUGCCAUGCUUAGGGAUAAGUUAUCCAUGGCAGUUAAGAAAGGAAAGGGGUUGGUUCAAGAUAGGGACAACCUAAAAGGUAUUCUAAAUGAAAAGAACACAGAGAUUGAGCAGUUGAAGGUUGAUUUGCAGAAGCAAGAAUCUGCAGUUUCUGAAUACAGGGACCAGAUAAAUAUUUUGUCCAGUGAUGUGGAAAGCAUCCCGAAGUUGGAGGCUGAUCUUCUGGAAAUGAAAAGGGAAAGGAAUCAGUUUGAACAGUUCUUGUUGGAGAGCAAUACCAUGUUACAGAGAGUGAUAGAGUGUAUUGAUGGUAUUAUUCUUCCAGUUGAUCUAGAUUUUGGGGAACCUAUGGAAAAGGUGAAGUGGCUUGUUGGUUAUGUCAGUGAAUGCCAAGAUGCUAAGGUACAAGUAGAGCAAGAAUUGCAGCUAGUAAAGGAGCAGGCCAGUAUACUAGAAACUAAAUUAGCAGAAGCCCAAGCGACUGUAAACUCCCUUGAACAAGGAUUAUCUUCUUCAGAGGACAGUCUUACUCAAAUUGUUGAAGAAAAGAGAGAGUUAGAACAUGAGAAAACAAAAGUUGAGGAAGAGUUACAGAAAGUUAAGGAAAAAAAUGCUGAAGUUUGUAGUACUACUAAGUCACUUGAAGAGGCCUUAUCACAGGCAGGAAAAGAUAUUUUUGAUCUUUCCAAUAAGAAAGAGCAGGCUGAAGUUGGUAGAGUUGCUGCAGAGACAGAGUUAGAGAGAGUUAAAGAGGAAACAGCCAGGCAGACAAGCAAAUUAGCAGAGGCCAGCACGUCCAUAAAGGAUCUAGAAGAUAAACUAUCUCUGGCUGAGAGUAAUGUCAAUUUAUUGACUGAAAAGUAUAAUGCCGAUCAAGUUGUCAAGACUGAUAUGGAAAAUGAUUUGAAGAAGCUGCAAGAUGAAGCUGAGAAUCAUGCUGGCAAAUUGGUAGGUGCCUCUGCAACGAUUAAAUCACUGGAAGAUGCACUAUUGAAGGCGCAAGAUGAUAUUUCUGCCCUAGAAGAUGCAAACAAAAUUGCUAAGCAGGAGAUAUCUUCACUUGGUUUGAAGUUAAAUUCAUGCAUGGAAGAAUUAGCUGGAAAGAGUGGCAGCUUAGAGAGCAGGUCCCUAGAGCUCAUUGGACUCCUUAAUGAUCUUCAGGUGCAUAUGAAAGACAAAACUCUAUUUCCCAAAAUAAAACAAUGCUUUGAGAGGAAAUGUGAGACCCUGAAGAAUAUGGAUCUCAUUCUGAACAAAAUAAGAUACCACAUUGCCAUGAAUUCUAAAGAUUCUGAUGGGCACCUUAUGAUGGAGGAAGAUCCACUUGUGAGAAAAGCAUUCUUGGAUGACCUUGAAAAUUUUGAAGUUGAACUGGACAGCAGAGAGAUUAAUGGCACUGAUAUUGACACCAUAAUCUCAUCAUUUGGAAAGAUUGUGAAAGGAUUUCAGCUGAGAAACAAACACAUUGCAGAUAAGUUUGAUGAAUUUUCUUAUUCUAUUGAUGAGUUUAUUUCUCCUCUCCAUGAAAAAAUACUGGAAACAGAGACCUACAUAAUGACUAUUUUUGAACAAAUGGACAAUAUGAAAGAAAAAGCAAAUACCAUGGAGAAGUUGAAAGAAGAAAAGGAAAAUAUUAUUACCAUUUUAGAGAACGAUAUCAGUGUAUUGCUGUCUGCAUGUACUGAUGCUACCAGUGAACUUCAGAUUGAAGUUGACAAGAAUAUUGGGCAGCCAGGCUCAUUUUCUGAGGUCGAAAAGUUAAAUAUUGAAGCAGAUUCACAAGCAGAGCAUCAUAAGAACAGCAAAUAUGCAGAUGCCGCGCAAAAGUUGAUAAAUGCUUCUAGAAAAGCUCAAACUUUGAUUAGGCAGUUCGAACAUAGAAGUGAGCAGGUAGCUGCUACAAUUGAAGAUUUGCAAAAUAAAUUGAGAGAAACAACUGUUGCUUUUGAAUUGGUUACCGAUGAAAGAGACUUAAAUAAAAACAGAGUUUUGCAACUGGAGUCUGAUAGUCAAUUACUGCGAAGUGAUUUCAGUGAGCUUAGGGAUAGGUUAGAGGGUUAUCAUGCCCUAGAAGAAAAAUUAAAAGAAAAAGAGGCAGAAAUUUCAUCGAUGAACAGUGCUUUGUUCGCAAAAGAAGAAGAAAGCUCCCUCCUUUCAGCAUCUCAGGUGAGAAAUCUCUUUGACAAGAUAGAUAGGAUCCAAAUCCCCAUUGUAGAGUCUGAAGAAGUUGAUAUGGAGCCGCAUACUUCAGCCCCUUCGAAGAAGCUCUUUUACAUUAUUGAUAGUGUUUCUAGGUUGCAUCAUCAUAUAAACACUUUGUCUCGUGAUAAAGAAGAGCUGCAAUCAAUCCUUGAAACUAAGGCUCUUGAAAUUAAGGAUCUGAAAGAGGAAGUCAAACAACUCAAUAGAAACUGUGAAGACUCAAAAAUGGGCAAGAAUGAAUUGUUGGAGCUCACCUUUGCUUUAGAAAAAAUUAUGGAUAUUUUGGGAGCCAGUGAUUGGGUUGUAGAUAGAAAAUCUAAAGGUAUGAAGGAAUUGAUGCCAGCAUUGGAAAAGCAUAUCAUGGCCAUUCUUUCAGAAUCUGAAAACUCAAAAUCUAUGGCCCAGGAACUUGGUAUUAAUUUAGUUGGAAGUCAGAAGGUUAUAGAUGAAUUAACGACCAAGGUUAAAUUACUUGAACAUUCACUUCAAGAUAGGACUUCUGAGCCAGAUAUUGUCCAGGAAAGGAGCAUAUUUGAAGCACCCUCAUUACCUGCUGGGUCUGAGAUAACUGAAGUUGAAGAGGGAUCACUUGGCAAGAAACCAAUAGCUCCUGUCCCAUCAGCUGCUCACGUGCGAAAUAUGCGAAAAGGAUCUUCUGACCAUCUCGCACUUGAUAUUAAUGUGGAGUCUGAUCCUUUAAUUAACAGUGCAGAUACUGAUGAGGAUAAAGGUCAUGUAUUCAAGUCUCUGAACACUUCUGGAUUUGUACCGAAACAAGGAAAGCUCAUUGCAGAUCGUAUUGAUGGAAUCUGGGUAUCUGGUGGUCGGAUUCUCAUGAGUCGUCCCAGAGCCAGGUUAGGACUCAUUGGUUAUUUGUUCAUCAUGCAUAUAUGGCUACUUGGAACUAUCUUGUAGAAAAAACUGUGAUCAAAGCUACAUGGAAUGCUCAGCACUGAAUGUCCUGCAUCUGCAAAUUGUAUUAUAGAUAUAAAAUUGUCCCUUUUUAUUCAAGUCUCUCUUUUUGCUCCUUAAUGAAGCCUAACCUGUUUUUCUCUUGUCUCAUCAAAUCCCUUAUUGAUUUCUCUGCAAUCACAUUUUAGGGAUUCAGAGAUUCUAGUCUUCAAUAUUUGGGCUUAUUUUUUUGACAGCCUUCAUUUUUUUCUAAAUGAAGUCCCUCCUCCAUUGUAUUGGCCUGCAUUUGUUUCAAUAUUAAGGAUUGUGGUAGGUAGAAAAUAGGGAGAUGAAUUUUUU